AUGGGCUCGUCAGAGACCCUGGCACGUCAGCUAGACGUCAACAUUGAGGCCGACGAGGUUGACUCUGCUCUUGGAGACGAUCUGUCGACCUACACGCACUCUCUUGCCUCUAGCCUGAUCCAGAGCGUGCAGGAAAAUGGUAGGGCCUACCAUAGGUACAAAGACGGCUCCUACAUCCUCCCCGAGGACGACCUUGAGCAAGAACGACUGGAUCUACAGCACGAGAUUUUUCUUCUUACAUUAGGCCGAAAGCUCUUUCUUGCCCCUGUUCAAGGACCAAUGCAGGAAGUCCUCGACCUAGGGACCGGGACGGGCAUAUGGGCGAUCGGAUUUGCGGACCAGCAUCCCGAAUCCAAUGUUUUGGGCAUCGAUCUAAGUCCAAUCCAGCCGCAUGCUAUCCCACCAAAUUGCAAAUUUGAGGUUGACGAUUUUGAUACUCGGUGGACCUUUAAUAGAAAGUUUGAUUUUAUCCACGGAAGAAUGCUCCUUACUGCCAGCGCCGAUUUCCCAAGGCUCUUCCGACGCGCCUUUCACGCGUUGCAGCCUGGUGGAUGGUUUGAAAUGCAGGACCUCUACAUGCCAUUAUUAUGUGACGACGGCACCCUCGAAGGAACAGCUUACGGGACGUGGAAUGACACAUAUAUGGAAGCUUGUGCACGACUCAGAAGAGAUCCCUCCUGGACUGCCAAGUACGGGGAUUGGAUGGUCAAAGCUGGGUUUACGGGAGUGAGACAAGAGAUUUUUAGGUGGCCUGUCAACCCUUGGCCGAAGGACCAAACUCUGAAGGAAAUAGGAAUUUGGAAUAUGAUCAAUAUGCUCGAAGGCCUGGAUGGUUUCACGGUUCGACUUUGGACAACAGCACUGGGAAUGACAGCAGAGGAAAUCCGGAUAUUCCUUGUACAAGUACGAAAAGAUUUGCGGGAUACAAGAAUUCACUCCUACUGGCCCAUGUGA